AAUUAACGACCUAAAAUUACAAACUACGAUCCCAUAACUCCCCGCAAACCUCGCACUUGCCUCCAGUCUUUUGACACGUGUCGACAAAAUAUUUAUUUAUGCUCAUUACGAUUAUCACAAAUUGCAUUAUUCACCACCCGGUCCAACCCAGGAACCUCCCGCUGAGAUAGAAGGACAAACCGUUUCUUGUUGCUACGUAUGUUUAUCGGAGAUUAGUAUUUACUAAUGACUGCGAUGUCUUAAAUGAUGACAGGGUUGACAAAGUUAUUACGUUUUUAGUUUCUUUGUUCGUAGGUUUCCAUGGUAAAGUGUCCGGAGAGAAUUUGGAAAUCAGCCAACCGAUUAUUGUCCCACAUCGAACGGACGCAGUUGAAAUUGUGAAAGGACAAUGGCCCCAAAGGAACUUCAAUGCUUUCUUUUCGUCUGUUUCUUUGCCUUGGGAAGUGCUACCUACUGUACCUACGACAGUGAUUGUUCCUAUAGUGAGUCCUGUUGUGAUUAUGUCUGCAGAGACCGUUGUUUCUGUUCGUACGAUCACCAAUGUGGAUGGGGCGAGAAAUGCUGUAAUAGCAAAUGCAGUAGUUCGUCUUCUUGCCGUUCCUGCACGUACGACUACGAAUGUGGAUCGAGCAAGAAAUGCUGUAAUAGCAAAUGCAGUAGUAGUUCGUCUUCUUGUUCCUGUUCGUCCGACUACCAGUGUGACAGUGGAGAGUAUUGCUGUGGAGGAGUUUGUUCGUCGUACUGUGGUUGGAGCGGCGGGUCUAUUGCAGGCGCUGUUACCGGCACGAUUAUUUUUUUUGCAAUCAUCAUUUCCAUCGUAUCCUGCUGCUGCUGCGCUUGUUGCCCGUACUACCGCUAUCGUACACCCAGUGCUGUGGUCGUCGCCGGCCAACAGCCACAGCAACAAAUCUUCUCAACCCAAAUGAUGACGACGCAACAAGUACAUGCUCCUCCGCCGGUGAACUACAACCUGCCUCCUCCAGGUUUCAAUCAGGCUCCUCCGCCUUACUCAGGCGGUCCACCACUACCAAACCAAUAUGCUCCACCGCUGGGACAAGCUCAAGCGGCGCCGAUGCCAGCUGCUGUAAACGAGAUGUAA